GAGACGCCCUGUCUCAGCAGGGUUUAUACAUCGACCAUUCUAACGACCGCCCUCCUUUCAUUUUCUCUCUCUGUUCCUGCAGAGAGAACUUUAAACUGAAAACCCUAAUUAAACCCCACCUUUCAAUAUACCAUGGGCAAAACUAAGGUAGGUAAGCACCGUUUGGACAAAUACUACCAUCUCGCCAAAGAACAUGGCUAUCGAUCCCGUGCCUCUUGGAAGCUCGUCCAACUCGACUCCAAAUUCGAGUUCCUCCGCUCCUCCCGCGCCGUCCUUGACCUCUGCGCUGCUCCCGGCGGUUGGAUGCAGGUGGCGGUGCAGCGGGUGCCAGUGGGCAGUCUCGUCCUUGGCAUCGACUUGGUGAAGAUUGCGCCUAUUCGUGGGGCGGUUUCUAUCGAGCAGGACAUCACGAAACCGGAGUGUAAAGCUAGGAUUAAGAAAAUUAUGGGAGAGAAUGGGGUUAAGGCUUUUGAUUUAGUUUUGCACGAUGGUUCCCCCAAUAUUGGUGGUGCGUGGGCGCAAGAAGCUAUGGCUCAAAAUGCGCUUGUAAUUGAUGCUGUGAAACUGGCUACGCAGUUCUUGGCUCCUAAAGGCAACUUUGUUACCAAAGUUUUCAGGUCUCAGGACUACAAUUCGGUCAUGUAUUGCCUCAAUCAGUUGUUUGAAAAGGUUGAGGUGGAUAAACCAGCUGCAAGUCGUUCGACAUCUGCAGAAAUCUUUCUCGUGGGCUUAAAGUACAAGGCACCAGCAAAGAUUGAUCCACGUCUUCUUGAUGUGAAACAUUUAUUUCAGGGUUCCAUAGAACCACAGCGAAAGGUCAUAGAUGUACUCAGAGGAACAAAGCAAAAGCGACACCGAGAUGGGUAUGAAGAUGGAGAAAGCAUUGUGAGAAAAAUAUCUUCAGCUGCUGAUUUUGUUUGGUCUGACACGCCUCUUGAGAUCCUUGGUUCGGUUACUUCUAUAGCCUUUGAGGACCCGGCUUCUUUAACAAUAAGGGAUCAUGCUUUAACAACAGAAGAGGUUAAAGCUCUUUGUGAUGAUCUUCGUGUUUUGGGAAAGCAAGACUUCAAACAUUUGUUGAAGUGGCGAAUGCAAGUAAGGAAGGCUCUAUCCCCUGCUCAAAAGGGUAGUACUGCCACUGCCACUUCCACUGACGGUGAAGAAAAGAAUAAGGAGGAUGAAGAUGAUAAAUUACUAAAUGAAAUGGAAGAGCUGAGUUAUGCUAUAGAGCGGAAGAAGAAGCAAGCUAAGAAACGUGAUGCAAAAAGACGAGCUAAGGACAAGUCUCGGAAGGCAACUGGAAUGCAAAUAGAUGCGUUGGAAGAUGGCUACACUGACAUUGAGUUGUUUUCUCUUUCUUCAAUCAAGGGAAAGAAAGAUCUCGUAGCUGUUGAUUCUGCUGAAUAUGAUGGUGAGAAUGGUAAUUUAGAAGACAGUGAAAAUGAUGAUUCCCAUGAUGAAGGUCAGGAGCAUGCGUCCAGCGAUAUAGACUCUGAUGAAGACCGAAGAAGAUAUGAUGAACAAAUGGAAGAGUUUCUCGAUCAGGUAUAUGAACGGUUUGUGACCAAAAAAGAAGGAAGUACUAAGCAGCGGAAACGUGCAAAGAAGGCUUAUUCUGAACAACUUGUGGAGGGUGAUGAUGAUGGCAAUGUUAUUAAUUCUGAUUAUGAUUCAGAUGAAGAACAAGGUGAUCAGGAAGCAAAUCCUCUUGUGGUACCACUCAAUGAUGGGGAAUUGCCGACCCAAGAGGAGAUAACAGACAAAUGGUUUAAUCAGGAUGUCUUUGCUAAAGCUGUAGAGGAUGGAGACUUGGAAAUGGCUGACAGUGAAGCUGAAAUGGAGGUAGAUAUGCAGGAGAAGAAAUUAGCAAUUCCAGAGAAGACAGCAAAAACUGCUGUGGGCUCCAAACACAAGCAACCCCAAACUUCCAAGGCACAAGAGGACUUCGAGAUAGUCCCUGCCCCAGCUACAGAUUCCAGUGAAGAUUCAUCCUCAGAUGAAUCUGAUGAUGAUGAUGCUGAAACAAAAGCUGAGAUAUUGGCUUAUGCUAAGAAGAUGCUGAGGAAAAAGCAAAGGGAACAAAUGCUUGAUGAUGCAUACAAUAAGUAUAUGUUUGAUGACGAGGGCUUGCCUGGAUGGUUUGUGGAAGAAGAGAGAAGACACCGCCAACCAAUGAAGCCCAUUACCAAAGAGGAGAUUGCUGCAAUGCGAGCACAAUUCAAAGAAAUAAAUGCUCGACCUGCUAAGAAAGUGGCACAGGCCAAGGCUAGAAAGAAGCGGGUGGCAAUGAGGAAGCUUGAGAAGGUUCGCAAAAAGGCAAACAGUAUAUCAGACCAGACCGACAUCUCUGAUCGUUCAAAGAGUAAGAUGAUUGAACAAUUAUAUAAGAAGGCGGCGCCUAAAAGGCCUAAGAAGGAAUACGUUGUAGCAAAGAAAGGAGUUGCAGUAAAGGCUGGGAAAGGUAAAGUCAUUGUUGAUAGACGGAUGAAAAAGGAUGCAAGGGUACAUGGUAUGAAUAAGAACGGAAAAGGUAAAAAGGGAAAGAACGUGAAGGGUCAAAGAGGUAAAGGAUCUGCAAAGGGCUUAGCUAAGAACGGUAAAAAGGGAAACAAAGGAAAAAAGAUGGCCAUGCAUGAAUGAAAUUUUGCAGUGCUUACAUUUUGCAUUCUUGCAGGCAUAAUUUUGUAGUCUUCCAAUUUUUUUUGUUUGAAAGGUGAAUGGUAGAACUUGUUAAGAUUGAAAUUUUGGCACUGAUAUUUAUUGAGGUAUCUUAUUCUGUCGUGAAGUAAUGCUUUAACUAAUUGUCAGAAUGAAUGGCAAUGAAUAUUUGGAUCUUCUUGGUAUGUGAU